CGGCGCGAGACGUUGUCAAUCGCGUGUAUAAUUCCUCUUUCUCGUGAACGAAAAGAGAUGCGGGUGCGGAGUGUUGCAAGCAGAAUGUACGCCGAAUACUCCGUUCCUUCUCGUGUCGACUGCAGCGAGUGGGAUGCCGUCGCUGGACGAGAUGAACGCCGAAUGCUGUAUGCUGAACACCGUACGUAUCAUCCUCCCGACUGUGAUUUGGCGUGCCUCCUGCAGUGCUCCGUGAUCUCGGAAAAGAAGCGGCGUUUUUCGAACAUGGAUGUAAUCUUCGCCCGUGGACUGAGAUUUAGCGUCGAAUUAGGCAAUGCCUCUAUAUUGUUAACAAGGUAUCUUCCGUUGUCGGCAUGCUACACAUGUCGUGUCAACACAACACGCUGGAAGUCAGCAUUCCCUGAAAGAUAUCGCCGUUAUAAGGCUGCGUCAUGUAAUUCUUUAGGUCUCGCAAAUAAUAUACUCGUGUAUCAAAAGUCACUGAAACAGGACAUCAGCAAAAAUGGUAUUAUCCUGGCCUACUAUUCGGACCUUAAGCCAAGUUCCGAGGGUGAUUGCCAGCAACCUCAGACAGAGCAGAAACUGUCAGUAUUUCAAAAAAUGAAACAAAUGACUAAAGAUUAUUGGCAUGUAUUACUACCUGUGCACUUGAUUACUUCGAUAGGAUGGGCAGCUAUAUUCUAUACUGCUGUUAGGAAUGGUGUGGAUAUAGUCCAGCUGUUGGAAUAUAUGAAUUUUAGUGAGAAAUAUAUAAAUUUAAUACGUAACUCGAGUGCCGGUGAUUGGGCCAUUACUUAUGCACUUUAUAAGAUAUUUACCCCACUCAGAUACACCGUUACCGUUGGAGGAACGACAAUGGCCAUUAGGUAUUUGAGCAAAUUAGGCUACGUGAAGGCAUUGUCAUUCAAGCGUCAAUCAACACAGCCUGCGGGCAAAGCUAUGACCAGCACAGUCAAACAAAUCUACAAUAGAACACGAGACAAAAUCCAAGACAGAGUGUGAAACAGACCGACAUACGAAGCCGCCAAAACCAUAAAUAUCUCUCCCGCUAUGUCGGACCUGCGAACUAGGCUCGGCGUAGCUCGGGGACUUAUUGUAACGCGAUGUCGAUGUAUAUUUCUCUUUAUGAAUGUAUAUUAUAUUAUGAUAAAUAUCCUGCAUUAAA